CCCUCUCUCUCUCUCUCUCUCUCUCUCUCUCUCUCUGUUUGUGGAAAUAUUUCUCCCUCUUCUUGUUGCCAUUAUCUGUGAACACAUAAGUUUUGGCUAGUGUACAGUUCAAAUGGCAAGCUCUCAAGCAUAUUUGCUGGGCCUACUUAUCUUGAUAUGCUCAACAUCGAUAGGAACUGCAAAGCAUAUGAAGUAUAAAAAUUCUACAUUGCCUGUGGAAAUUCGAGUAAAUGAUUUGUUGAAACGUAUGACUCUUGCUGAAAAGAUUGGUCAGAUGACACAGAUUGAACGAAAAGAUGCAUCAGCAGAUGUGAUGAAAAACUACUUUAUAGGUAGCUUGUUAAGUGGAGGGGGCAGUGUUCCUAAACCUCAGGCAUCUGCUGAGGAUUGGGUGGAUAUGAUCAAUGAUUUCCAGAACGGAUGCCUCGCAACACGCUUGGGAAUUCCGAUGAUCUAUGGCAUUGAUGCAGUUCAUGGCCAUAAUAAUGUCUAUGGCUCGACCAUAUUCCCUCAAAAUAUUGGUCUUGGAGCUACAAGGGAUCCUGAUCUUGUGAAGAGGAUUGGCGCUGCAACUGCACUUGAAGUCAGGGCAACUGGCAUUCCUUAUACUUUUGCCCCAUGUAUUGCGGUUUGUAGAGAUCCUAGGUGGGGACGUUGUUAUGAAAGCUACAGUGAAGAUCAGAAGAUUGUUCAGGCAAUGACAGAGAUCAUCCCUGGUUUGCAGGGAGAUGUUCCUGCAAACUACCAAAAAUCCUAUCCUUAUGUUGCUGGAAAGAACAAUGUUGCUGCGUGCGCAAAGCAUUUUGUCGGUGAUGGAGGAACACACAAUGGAAUCAAUGAGAACAAUACAAUAAUCGAUUACCAUGGACUGAUGGGCAUUCAUAUGCCUGCGUACUAUGAUGCUGUCUACAAGGGUGUAUCAACUGUCAUGGUUUCUUACUCCAGUUGGAAUGGUGUUAAAAUGCAUGCUGACCGUAAACUAGUCACUGGCUUUCUGAAGAACAAGCUUCAGUUCAAGGGCUUUGUGAUCUCUGAUUGGCAAGGUAUCGAUAGAAUUACUAGUCCUCCCGGUGCAAAUUACACUUACUCUGUCCAAGCAGGAGUUAGUGCCGGUAUUGACAUGAUUAUGGUUCCAGAAAACUAUGUCGAAUUUAUAAAUGAUUUGACCUUACUCGUCAAUAAGAAAGUGAUCCCUAUGAGCCGAAUUAACGAUGCAGUAAGAAGGAUUCUUCGGGUAAAAUUCAUUAUGGGUCUGUUUGAGAAACCUUUGGCUGAUCUAAGCUUAGCUGAUCAACUUGGUAAGAAGGAGCACCGGGAAUUAGCACGAGAAGCUGUUAGAAAAUCGCUCGUGUUGUUGAAAAAUGGAAAAUCCAAGAACAUGCCCCUGCUACCUCUGUCUAAGAAAGUAUCAAAGAUCCUCGUUGCAGGAAUCCAUGCUAAUAACUUGGGCUAUCAGUGUGGUGGAUGGACAAUUGAAUGGCAAGGAGCUAGUGGCAAUAUCACAAUUGGCACUACCAUCCUUGAUGCCAUCAAAGCCACUAUCAACCCCACAACCAAUGUAGUAUACUCUGAAAAUCCUGACGCAAACUUCAUCAAAGGAAACAAUUUCUCAUAUGCUGUUGUUGUUGUUGGUGAACCCCCAUAUGCUGAAACUAAUGGAGAUAGUUCCAACCUUAAAAUUAGCGAUCCCGGUGCAAGCACAAUACAAACUGUUUGUGGUGCUGUCAAGUGUGUUGUAGUCAUUGUCUCUGGCAGGCCUGUUGUGAUUCAGCCCUACAUUUCAUCCAUCGAUGCUCUUAUUGCUGCAUGGUUGCCUGGUACAGAAGGCCAAGGUGUUGCUGAUGUAUUGUUUGGUGACUAUGGAUUCACUGGUAAGCUCCCGCGCACCUGGUUCAAGUCUGUUGAUCAGCUCCCUAUGAACAUUGGUGAUAAACAUUAUGAUCCUUUGUUCCCCUUAGGAUUUGGCUUGACAACAAAACCUGCAAGCAAAAGUUAGUGCUGAUAGAAAAUGACUGUGCAGAGUUGUUCUUGGUUUUCCUUCUUUCUUAUGUCUUUCAUGUUAGGCUCUUAAAUGUGUUGAAUGGUGAUCAAUUUGUUUAUUUAUUUAUUUUUGUUUUCUGAUUUGAUUUUUUAUGAAGAAGUUAGUGCUGAUAGAAAAUGACUGUGCAGAGUUGUUCUUGGUUUUCCUUCUUAUGUCUUUCAUGUUAGGCUCUUAAAUGUGUUGAAUGGUGAUCAAUUUGUUUAUUUAUUUAUUUUUGUUUUCUGAU